AUGCUGGACGAAGAUGGAUACAUCACCUUAAAUAUUAAAAAUCGAAAGCCAGCUCUCACCCCAGUUGACCCUGCUUCCUCACCUGUGUGGCGUGUGAUGGCUUUGAUUCUGCUGAUCUUGUGCAUGGGGUUAGUUGUUGGGCUGGUGGCUCUGGGGAUAAUGUCCGUCACAGAGCAAAAUUACCAACAAGUGGAGAAUAAUAAUGUCUCAGGAACUCUGCACCAAGUAGCAAAGAAGUUCUGCCAAUAUUUAAUAAAACAAUUGGAACAAAAGAGCAGUGUCAGCCAUAAAUGCAGCCCAUGUGACAGAAACUGGAGAUAUUAUGGAGAUAGUUGCUAUGGAUUCUUCAGGCGCAACUUGACGUGGGAAGAGAGUAAGCAGUUCUGUAUUAACAUGAACGCUACUUUGCUGAAGAUCUCAAGCCAGAACGUUCUGGAAUACAUGAAGUCUAGGACUGGAUUAAUGCGUUGGGUUGGAUUGUCCCGCAAGAACCCUAAUGAAGUCUGGAUGUGGGAAGAUGGCUCUGUGCCCUCCAAAAAUGUGUUUCAGGUUUCUGGAAAUGAAAGAGAAAAUAUGAACUGUGCUUAUUUUUAUGAUGGGAAAAUUUACCCGACCUUCUGUAAGAACAAACAUCAUUUGACAUGUGAGAGUAAGGCAGGCAUGGUGAAUGUGGACACACUACUUUAA